CACUUUCUUCGUGUGGCCGGCCACGCUGGCCAGGAAGCUCGGCAUCGCGUACGUGUCCUUCUGGACGGAGCUCGUGCUCAUCUUCAACCUCUACUACCACGUCCACCUGCUCACCAACAACGGCCACUUCGGAUGCAACGGUGAAUCAGACGAGUCACUCACCUGAUCUUCUUAUCCGCCCCAAUUGUCAAGCAUGCUUCAGUAACGCGCCAUUGAUUUUGUCAUGUAAUGUGAAGUGAUCGCUGCAAAAUGAUAAAUCUGACGAUCCCUUCUUGGAUGUGUGCUGCAGAGCCUCGGAAUGACACGAUCACGUACAUCCCUUGCGUGGCCGCGAUCGAGCCGCAAGAGCUCAUGUCGUACCUCCAGGAGACGGACACCACCAGCGUCGUGCACCGCAUCAUCUUCAAGGCCUUCGACGAGGCGCGCGGCUCCGACUACGUCCUCUGCAACACCGUGGAGGAGCUGGAGCCGUCGACCAUCGCCCAACGCGGAUUUGCCACAUGUAGGAAGGGCCCUAGGGCUUAUCUGAACCACUCGUUUGUUAGAGAUUCGCGUAAAGUCAGCCUGGUCAAUGGUCACGGCAUGUUUGCAUUUUCCACCCUCGGAAAGAGAAGAAUUCACCUACAGUAUAGGUUCAGCACAGUUUUAACCCUGGAGAGAUAACCACCCGCCCCCGUUCCGAGCAAACCCUGUCCGACUCUCCCCUCCACUCCUUCCUCUUGCCAGCGCCGCCACCAUCACCUCCUCCUCCGACUGCGGGCCCAGCGCCCCACCUCUCGCUCGUCGGAGAGGAGCAGCCACCAGGAAGCCGGCCCUCCCCUGCGCGGAGCUCAAGGCGAGGACCCCCUCCGCAACUCCUCUGGCCAUGACCGGAGUAAGGGGCAACGGUGGAUACGCUUCUUCCGGCCCGUUUGGAUCUGCUUCUCAGAGAUCGCACCGUCCCCUUCGGAGGGGGCUUAUUUCGUGCUUACACAGCCACACCUGCCUCCACAACGUCGCGCCCACCGGCGGCGACGAGGAGGCGCGCACCGGCGGCGACGUUGAGCGUCCUCUUCCCAACCAGGAUUUACCCCGUGCCAUCAUCAAGCUCAUCGUCCCCUUCUACGAGAAGGCGUUCGACCGGCUGCCCUGCGAGACCAUGCCGGACCUCGUCGGCCUCCUCACCACCGGUGGCUUUUGCCUCGGCCUCCUCGACCCUGUCUCCAACAUCACCCUCAACACCCUCGCCCUCCUCCCCGAAGACGCCGCCGCAGCAGCUUCCUUCUCUCCACCCGCCGGUAAGAGGUCCAAAAGAGUAGUGCGCAACGCCUUCCCCAUAUCCAAACGCGGUCUCUGCGCCUGGCACGAGGUUGCAGCCAGGUCCUACCACAGUCUCGUGGGCUUCCUCGUCGCAUACUUCGGAUGCCUCACCGAAGAACAGGCCAUCCGAUACCUCUACCGGGCCAAUGCCAAUCUCCUCCUUGCCGUCAUGCUCGUCCAACACGAUUUGUAUGCUGAAGAUCUGCAUGCUGAAGGUGAAGAACCACUGGACCCUGACUCUGACAGGACGCGUGCCGCCCUCGAGUCGGCCGCCACCAGUGCAGGUCACCCUUCGCCCAGCACUUUGGCUCAGGUCAUGACAAUCCGGCUCAAAGAUGACGACUUUAAACUCCUAGAGUACCUAUUUUCAGCUGAUGGUACUCCUAUCAUGGCUAAAGAUGCUGGAGCAAUCCACCAUAUAGUGAUGAGUCCGCUUUAUGUUACCGGCACAAGCCAUGCCAUAGAUGAACUGGCUUUCCAUGUUGAUCUUGCUAUGGAGGCCAAAACUGAAGUUAUCCCUGACACCUCGAUCACCUGCACCACCUGCAGCUUUCACAGUAAACCCAUCUGGUCGAUGCAGUCUGGACUGUCUAAGAAGAAGCUAAAAGAUUGCCUGAAAACAGCAGCUCGCCAGGCAAUCUUGUUGAAGACCCCGUGUGGUGACAACUGCGAUUACCUGCGGACUCUCAACAUGUACCUCCAUGGUAUGAUUCACAACUUCUACAUCAAGGCGCUCAAGUUGCUGCCCACACCCUCUGGCUCCCUCAUGCGCAGCUUCCUCACGGCCGGCCACUGCUAUGGCUCCAUGGACCCUGUCUCCAACAUCAUCGUCAACUCCAUCUGGUACUACAGCCGUGGCUCCUCUCUCCCACUUUCUGAACGCAGGAAGAUAGAUCAGUACAUUGACAUCUUUGACCCCGUGGCGCUGCUUCCAGCACAAGUUUUUUCCCUCGAGGGCCUUACAAAGCUGGCCACAUUUGUCCACCCCCAGUUCUCAGUGGUGGGCUGUGCUCUGGAGACACUCUGCAGGGCAAAAUGCAACUUUGUUGAAAUGUUUACAUCAACGACAGAGAGGAUUGAGAUAAGCUCCAUCCAUGAAGCUGCCAUGGCCGCUGGACACCCUCUGCCCCUUCAGCUGGGUGAACUGCACCAGAAGUUGGUGCUUAUGCCUGAUGAGCGAAACAUGCUGCUCUCCUUGAUAGCUGGGGCUCAAACUAGUAAUACUGUGUUGCCAGUCGAUGAGAUUACAACUUUUCUGGAGGCCGUGUUGUGUACAGAACCGGUACUGGGGGAAGCUCCUGAACUUACCUCGAAGGCUUCGAGGAUGGUGUCAAAUAUGAGAUCAGACUAUGAGGAGAAGAGGAGCUGGUUCCGUUCACAGAUUGAGAAGGUGCUGAAGGAUUACACGUUGAAGCAUUUUUGGGGACCAAAGUAUAAACUUGAUAUUAUCCUUGGUGUGGAGAAAAGCUGGGAAGGCCCCCACUCCAGAUCUGGCAGACACUACUGCGUCAACUUCACGGCUACUUCUGAUUUCAAGCUUGCGAGGGAACUAUUCUUCGCCCAAUUCUGGGUCUCAAGUGAGCGAAAGCCAAGCAUCUGCUGCCGUCUACCCUAUCCGUAUGUUGCCCGUUGCUACUACGGCGGGACUACCUCAAGGAAGAUUGUGUAUCCAGAUCGCUCCGAGUACAUCCGGGUCGAUAUCACCAUAUAUGGAACCCACCGCGUGUAUUACACGCUAGAGAGGGACCUUGUGUACUUCAGUCCCAGGACAAUUCUAGAGAUGGACCUUGUCUACUUCAGUCCCAAGACAGACGUGAAGCUCGCGGAGUAUCUGAAUCAUGUUGCCCGUUUACCAGAAGUACCUGGGCAUACUUUCGGCCGGGCCGGGCUGAAGCAAGGCGGAUGCUCAAAAAUUAGGCCCAGGCCUGGCCAGGCCCGUCCAUCGGUACGACGUUUUUAGGCCCAUGCCCGGGAAUUUCGGGCUGGGCUUUGGGCCGGGCUCCCCAUGCCCAGGCAACUGCCGUUCUGAAUCUUCUCUCGGCUGUGUAAUAAUACAGGUCGCGUCUGGCUAGCUAGUGUGUGAUGUUAUCAGCUGUGAACUGAGACCAUAUUUAUAUAUAUGCUUCCUGCUGUGUGCUAUGAUGUACUCCUAAUGAAUGCAAAUUCUGCGAUGUAUGAAGUGGACGACAUUGUGCUGUGAUAUACUCCUACUCCAGCAUGUUUUGUUUCCUUGAGCUAGCUGCUAGCUACUGGUAUGCAUGUGGCCGUGCCUUUUCUU